GCUCCGUUUCCCCCUUUGCUCUUUCUACCUUGUGCAUUCCAGCCACCAAACAAUUUGGAACCAUGAAGUGGCUAACAUUCAUUUCUUGCCUUGCCUUGGUAAGCUUUGCUCAGUCUAAAUACCUGCCCAGAAGAGCCCGGGAUGCAGGGCAUCAUGAGACCCUCAAACACUAUGCAGUUAUACCACAAAGAGAUUUUGCAGCCGUACUCCUUGCCCUUUAUUCUCAAUAUGCACAGCAGGCCACCUUUCAGGAAGUGAGAAAACUAGUGGACGAUUCCCUGGAGCUUAGAAGAAAAUGUGCUGCUGAUGAACAUUCUGACCCCGAAUGUACAAAACAUUUGCAUGAAGUUUUCCUGGAUGAAAUUUGCCAUGAAGAAGGUUUUGCUGCAAAGUAUGGAUUUACUGACUGUUGUGCUAAAGCUGGUGAAGAGAGAAAUGCUUGUAUUCAGGGCCAUAAAAAUGAUACUCCAGAAUUCAUUGCUCCAUUUAUAAAACCAGAACCAGAGGAGGCCUGCAAGAACUUUCAAGAACACAGAAACGCCACUUUAGGCCAAUACAUCUAUGAGGUUGCCAGAAGGAAUCCUUAUUCGAAUGUUAUUACAGUCGUCAGUGCAGCACCGAAAUAUGGGGAGGUGAUAGAAAUCUGCUGCGCUGCAGAAGACAGAGCUGCAUGCUUCGGCGAAAAGGCAAGGGCUGUCUCAAAGGAGCUGAAGGAAGAGUUUCGUGUGCAGAAGAUCAAAUGUUCAAUCCUGAAGAAACUUGGAACAUUACCUGUAACAGCUGCCAAAGUUGCUCACAUAAGCCAGAAAUUCCCCAAGGCUAACUUUGCUACUGUUUCCAAGAUUGCACAGGAUGUUACACAUGUGUAUGAAGAGGCUUGCAAUGGAGAUACACUGGAGAGUUUGCUUGAUAAGUAUGAACUGGCAGACUAUGUCUGUAGCCACAAGGAAACUAUAUCAUCUAAAAUUGAUGCCUGCUGCAGUGGACGCAAGUUACAUCGAUCAGAAUGCCUUACACAUGUAGAACAUGAUGACAAGCCUGCUGAUUUGUCUGAAAGAGUUCCAGAGUUCAUUGAGAAAGAAGCCUGCCAGCACUAUCAUGAAAACAAAACUAUUCAUUUAGCAAGGUUUUUGCAUGAGUAUGCGAGGAGGCACCCUGAAUAUUCUCAUCUUCUGCUUCUGCGACUUGCCAGAGGGUAUGAAGGUUUGCUGGAGAAGUGCUGUGCAGCUGAGCAUCCCGAAGAGUGCCUCCCUCAAGGGGAAGAACAACUCAAAAAGCACAUUGGAGAAACCAUAGCAAUUGUAAAGGGCAACUGUGAUCAACAUGAGAAACUGGGAGACGAAAAGUUCCACAAUGAGAUCCUUUACCGCUAUACCAGGAAAGCUCCUCAGCUGUCCUUUGAACAUCUGUACACGUACACCAGCGCUCUUGAAAAUAUUGCAGACAGGUGCUGCAGCAAGGAUGAAAACCAAAGAUUUGCGUGUGCUGAGGAAGAGACAUCCAUGGUGAUAGGAGCAAUAUGUGAACAACAUCAACAUAGUCCCAUCAACGCCCAAAUCUGCAAAUGCUGUAGUGACAGCUAUUCGUUCCGGGUGCAAUGCUUUGUUGGCUUAGGAGCAGAUCCAAGCUAUGUUCCAGCCCCAUUCGCUCCUGAGUUCCAUGAUGAUUUGUGCACGGCCAUACCAGGAGAACUGUUAAAAAAGAAGCAAAAGCUCCUUGUCAACUUGGUUAAGCACAAGCCCGACAUUACACCGGAGCAAUUACAGGCAAUUGGUGCAGAUUUUCUUGGCGUGUUGGAGAGGUGCUGCCAAGCUGAAGACCAUGAGGCAUGCUUUCAUGAUGAGGGUCCAAAACUGAUAGAGCAGGCUAAAGCUACCUUGGGAGAGCAUUAGACAUCUCAGGUCUGAAAUGGAAAAAUAUCAACAUAUGCCCUUGCGCCCUUGAUUGCUUGCUUUCCUGUUACAUGUCAACUUUUUGAUGCCGAGGAAACAUUUGAUUCUUCUGUAACCUUCAUCUCUCAUGAUGGUCUUACAGUUGACAAUUAAUAAAGUCUAAACAAAACA